AUGAAGCUCCCAAAGUGGUUUCCGCAAGAGCGGAUAGUUGAAGAAACAGAAGAAGAAAUUAAGUCUGCUUUAGUCUAUUUGAAAGAUGAGCAUGGAGAGUUCCGAGUCAAAGAAUACAGAGACGAGGUCAACAGACCUUGGUGGAAAUUCUUCGACGAAUAUGAAUAUAGAAAGAAUGUUCCAAGGUGGAGUUGGUUUGGCGAAGGUGCUUCUGCUGCUGAAAGAAAGUUGCUCUUGAAGCUUGAUGCACAUAUUAUCAUCUAUUGCGUGAUGGGGUACUGGUGUAAGUUUUUUGAUUCCGCCAACUUAACAAAUGCUUAUGUGUCAGGGAUGAAGGAAGAUGUUGGGAUGAAAGGUAAUGACUUGAUUGAUGCUCUGCUUAUGCUGGGAGUUGGUAAUGUCAUAUUCUGCUUGCCAAUUAUGUAUAUCUUACCAAGAUUCCCCACGACUUACGUCUUAUUUGUCAGUGAAUUUUUAUGGUCCUUGUGUACUCUACUUACGUUUACGGUUUCUAAUCCUCUGUCAUUAAAGGCUGCCAGGUUCUUUUUGGGUAGUUUUGAAACGUUUUAUUUUCCAAUAGUCCACCACACCCUUUCUAAUUUCUAUAAGCCAUCUGAGAUUUCUUCCAGAGCAAGUAUUUUCUACUGUGGUCAAUAUCUAGGCAUUUUGACUUCGGGCUUACUUCAAAGUUCUAUAUACGAACAUUUGAAUGGGGUUAACGGGUUAGCAGGAUGGAAGUGGAUGUUCAUAAUUGAUGGUAUAAUAUCGUUUGCCGUUGCAUUUAUAGGUUUAUUCUUGAUGCCUGGAACUCCGUUUAAAUGUUAUUCACUUUGGCUAACUGAUGACGAUAUUAAGCUCUGUAGAAGACGUAUGAGGUCAAAUGGUACAGACGACGGGUCAAAUUUGAAAAGUUUCUUAGAUUGGGAUACCUGGAAGCGAAUGUUUACCUCAUGGCACUUUUGGAUAUUGUCUUUAGGUGGAAUAGGUGGGUACAAUGCCAAUGCUUCUUCACAAGGUCAAUUUGCCCUUUGGUUAGACAGUUUAGGUGAGUACUCUGUCGCCAAGGUUAACAACUACACAGCAAUUCCGCCAGCUCUAGGAUUGGCAUAUGUUAUAAUUACUUGCUUUGCUGCUGAUAUUUUUCAGAAGAGAUUUGGUAUGAUUGGUUUUGCUCAAUCUAUGAAUUUGGUAAGUUGUGUGAUUUUGGCAGUUUGGGAUGUACCAAAAGCAGCAAAAUGGUUUGCUUACUACUGGGGUUAUUGGUCAUGGUCUCAAAGUUCUGUCUUUUAUCCAUUGGUGAAUGACAUUUUAAGACAUGAUGCUAACUUAAAGUCUAUCGAAUUUAUGUUAAACUAUAUCAUAGGUUUGCAGUCUUAUAUAUGGAUAUCAAAACUAGUUUGGGAAACAGUAGAUGCUCCUAAAUUUCAAAAGGGCUUUAUAACUGCAGCUUCGAUGGGUAUGUUGGAAGCAUUUUGUAUGCUCCUUGGAUACUUCUAUUUUAAAAGAGAUGAGAGAAAGAGAGCUCUUGAACAGGGUAUAUAUUUGUACAACUCAGGAAAGGGUGAAUAUCCGCCAAAUGAUUCAAGAGAGGCGGAACUAGGUUCAGAUAAGCAGUCUUACGAUGUUAAGCUAGAGAUAAAAGCUGACAGCAACAGCAUUCAAGAUCAAAACUCUGACUAA